CUAUGUUCCGGUACCUUGGUGUUUGUGUCUGCUGUACGGUGGCUGAGAGGAGCUGAAGCUGUUUUUUAAAGAUGACUCGCUGGUUCUUCAUGUGGCGAAAAGUCGAGUGAUGGAAUUUAAAUCGAAACCGUAAACUCUGACCUGCUGGUGGCUUACAACAGUAGACACUGUGUGCACUGACUGCUUUACUCUUGACGAAUCAGGGUCGAAGAGAAGACAAGAUAACGGACCAACGGCAACGUAAUCGACAGAACUAACCGAAGUAGAGACGGGAAGUGAUUCAACAGUUUAAAGAUGAUCAUGAAGGGGCAGAAGCGCAAACUCCCACCAGAGGAGGUGGAGGUUUCUGACAGGACCAGCCCUUUCUGGGAGAGCCAGCGACAGUUUGUGUUCUCAGUUUCCCUGAACAAGUAUCAACGGGGUCAGGAGCUACCUGAACCCAGCCUGCGGCGGUCUGUUCUCAUAGCCAACACACUGCGGCAGGUCAGCCUGGAGGGUGGUGUGGCGCCCUCUGUGGACAUGGAGGUGUUACAGCCACCUUGUAGCUCUUCACCUGCCCUCCAGGAGAACAUUACCAACAGCCACUCAGCCGCUGUUUCCAGCUGCCCUCUGGUUUCAUCAAAUUAUUUGUCAAAUUGUGCUGUGAGUAGGUCACCAGUAAGUUGCCAUUCAAGUGCAUCAAAUGUCCCUCAGUCUGCAAAAAAUGAAGAUGAGGACUGGGAAUCAAUGUCCAUGGAUCCUGAUUUCUCCCUUUCAGCUGCCAUCUCAUCCAUUCUAACGGCACUGGACUCUACCAUUGACGGGAGUCCACAGGCAACUCAGAGGACACCUCUCAGGUCCCUGGAGAACCUAUCUGGGCCCGCUGAGGGAGCUGUGGCGUGGAUGAAACAAGGAGUCAGAGGUUCUGGGGGAAGCUGGGAGCAGCAAGAGAACAGCAUGGAGGUGAUGAGGUCAAGCUACCUCAGUGAUGUCACUGUGGAGGAUCUGUUCCAGGAUAUAGACACGUCCCUGCUUGAAAAGGAAAUGGGUGUGCUGGGGCUCAGGGGCAGUGGAGGUGGGUAUCCGGCUGGGGAUGACCUUUUACGGUACCUACCUCCUCUCUCCUCUUCCUCCUCCUCCCCACUGCUCCCUUUCUCCCUCUCUCUUAACCAGAAGUGCCUGCCUUCAUUCUCCUCAUUCAGCCCAUUGUCUUCAUCAUCUUCUUCUUUGCCAUCUCUUUCCUCACCACCCUUCUCUAGUCAGAACCAUAUGAGAGAGGGACUUGAGCUGGACCAUCUGAUGGAGAUCCUGGUGGAGUCCUGAUAGCCUAAAGACAUCACACUGUAAGAACUCCAUUUCAGCAGGAAGUAACCUGAACAGUUUUCACUUAGUGGACAAAAAACUGACUUCCCAGAGCCAAGGGCUGGGUUGUCAAACACAUUGAAUAUUCACUUUGUUAUUAUUAUAUGUUGCUAAAUAUAGUGUAUUAUGGGCUUUAGAAAGUAGUAAGAAUGCUCUAGAAAUGUAAAAAUGGUUGCUGUCUAAGACAGAAAAUGCUCCAUGACACGUAUUUACUGUUGAUGGAGAGAAAAAGGCUUCGGCAGUGUUGUCCUAAAGGCUGUCAGAUGUGUCACAGCUUCAAGUAAUCCUGCGUUCACAUUGAACAUCCUGGUUUAUUUGGAGAAAGGAGAGCAGCAGACAGUCAUGCACUGGUGUUGAUUGAUGCAACAUUAGGUGGGACAUGAGAUAAAUCAAGUGUACAAGAUUAAUGAGAGUUCUGAGAGAAUGUGAUUUGGCUGGUGUUGGAAGGAGGACGGUUGAAACACUAAUACUAUAGGUCAAAUCUUCUGUGAAGAAAUCUUUUACCCUCAUAUUUAUCAAUGAGUUACAGCAGGGGCAUGACAUCAGGUGCUAAGAGAUCAAAUCAGGAUUUCAAACAGGAAAAUUAUCUUUCUAGUCAUUGAAACAUUUGCAUAUUUAUAUCAGGUUGAUUUGACCAGAAGAGUGAUUCUUGUGUAUAUUCCUCAGUUUAUCAUAAGUAAUAUUAUACAUUUCAUGAAUGCAUCUUGUAUCAGCAAGACAAAAAAAAACUCUUAAUGCCUCUCAGCCGGCUGGACUUUAAACUAUGAUUCUCUGAAACGUUUCCUCACGGAGACGUCCGAGUGCAGCUGUAGAUCAGGACAUACAGUCCAGCUCAGAAAGAGCAUUUACUGUCUUCUAAAAGAUGCUUUUAUUCAGAGAGCCUUUACAGUACUGUGAUUAUAUACCGACCAUCCUCAUGUGACAGUUCAAACCACUGUAGGUGUCACAUUAGCUAAAGUCACGACCACAACCUACAGCAACAGCUUCUGUUGUGUGUGUGUGUAAUAUUGAUCAGUCCUGGUGGGAGUUCAGCAUCACGCUUUCAGCCAUAUUGGCUGAUGGAGUCCAGAUGGAGCUGACUUCCACCCUGUGAACAGUUGAUUCAUCAGUCUGUCAGUUUCUGCUUGUUUUGUGUGGUUCACAUCUGAAUUAUUGCACUUUUGUUUAUCAUAUGCAUUUUAAAGUCUCAGUCACAUGUGGUUUGUGUUUGACUGUUUAGUAAGCAGUGGUUUUACAGGUGAGAUGUGGCCAAAUGAUUCUCUUUGAACCCCUGAGUUCUGUUAAAUGUUCUUUUAAUGUAUUGUUAAAAAGAAAAACACUUGUUAGGUGUUUAAACUGUAAAUGUAAAUGUGUGUUGGGGAAACGCUGAGAUAAACUUUUCGAGGAAGCACAUGAUGCCUGUUUGUUAGGUGUUUGUUUAUUCUGUCCUGUUCAUGGAUCCAGAUGCUUUCUAUGCAAAGGUCCUUUGUGAAUAGCUGGGCUACAGUCUCAAACUAUUUAUAAAUGACAUUUUGUUUGUGUAAUUUAUGUCAUAACAUUUGUCCAUUCACUAAUGGUAUAUUAAUGUACCAUCAUGGCAGUUAUUUUAUUUACUCAUUAUCGCUACAAAGAUUUUAAAUGUUUGUUUUGAAUUUGUGGGCAGAAUGUCCAGAUACUAUGAAUUUAGUUGUUUUUUUCCCCUCAAAAUGCAAAUAUCUGUUUACUUACACUGAAGUUUUUAAUAAAAUAUGAAAAUAAA